GCGGGGCGGCCCGGGCAGCACACCGCCGCGCCGAGGGUCGGGAUGCCGCUGCUCGCGCUCCGCUGCGCCCUGCGCGCCCGCCCCUGGAGCGGGGCUGGGCUGCGAUGGAAACACGCUUCCUCUCUGAAGGUCGCCAAUGAGCCCAUCCUGGCAUUCACCCCGGGCAGCCCCGAGCGAGACGCACUGCAGAAGGCCUUGAAGGACCUGAAGGGCCAGACGGAAGCCAUCCCGUGUGUGGUGGGGGACGAGGAGGUGUGGACCUCAGCUGUGCAGUAUCAGGUGUCGCCCUUUAACCAUGGACACAAGGUGGCUAAGUUCUGCUACGCAGACAAGAACCUGCUCCACAAAGCCAUCGGCGCCGCGCUGGCCGCCCGGAAGGAGUGGGACCUGAAACCCGUCGCUGACCGCGCCCAGAUCUUCCUCAAGGCCGCCGACAUGCUGAGCGGGCCGCGCAGGGCCGAGAUCCUUGCCAAGACCAUGGUGGGCCAGGGUAAGACGGUGAUCCAGGCGGAGAUCGACGCUGCGGCUGAGCUCAUCGACUUCUUCCGGUUCAACGCCAUGUUCGCCAUGCAGCUGGAGGGGGAGCAGCCCAUCAGCGUGCCGCCCAGCACCAACAGCGUGGUGUACCGGGGGCUGGAGGGUUUCGUGGCCGCCAUCUCCCCCUUUAACUUCACUGCCAUCGGUGGGAACCUGGCCGGGGCGCCCGCCUUGAUGGGCAACGUGGUCCUGUGGAAGCCCAGCGACACCGCCAUGCUGGCCAGCUACGCCGUCUACCGCAUCCUCCGGGAGGCCGGGCUGCCCCCCAACAUCAUCCAGUUUGUGCCGGCCGACGGGCCCACCUUUGGGGACGCCAUCACCAGCUCCGAGCACCUCUGCGGCAUCAACUUCACGGGCAGCGUGCCCACCUUCAAGCACCUGUGGAAGCAGGUGGCCCAGAACCUGGACCGGUUCCGCACCUUCCCGCGCCUGGCUGGAGAGUGUGGAGGGAAGAACUUCCACUUCGUGCACGUCUCGGCCGACGUGGACAGCGUGGUGAGCGGGACCCUGCGCUCGGCCUUCGAGUACGGCGGGCAGAAGUGCUCGGCCUGCUCCCGCCUCUACGUGCCCAGCUCGCUGUGGCCCCAGAUCAAAGGGCGGCUGCUGGAGGAGCACAGCAGGAUCAAAGUGGGCAACCCCGCAGAAGAUUUCGGGACCUUCUUCUCGGCAGUGAUCGACGCCAAGUCCUUCGGCCGCAUCAAGAAGUGGCUGGAGCACGCCCGCUCCUCGCCCAGCCUCAGCAUCCUGGCGGGGGGCACGUGUGACGACUCGGUGGGCUACUUUGUGGAGCCGUGCAUCGUGGAGAGCAAGGACCCCCAGGAACCCAUCAUGAAGGAGGAGAUCUUCGGGCCGGUGCUGACCGUGUACGUCUACCCGGAUGACAAGUACAAGGAGACCCUGCAGCUCGUCGAUAGCACCACCAGCUACGGCCUCACGGGGGCAGUGUUCGCCCAGGAUAAGGCCGUCAUCCAGGAGGCCACGAGGAUGCUGCGGCACGCCGCCGGCAACUUCUACAUCAACGACAAGUCCACCGGCUCGGUGGUGGGCCAGCAGCCCUUUGGGGGGGCCCGCGCCUCUGGAACCAACGACAAGCCGGGGGGGCCCCACUAUGUCCUGCGGUGGACGUCACCCCAGGUCAUCAAGGAGACCCACCAGCCUCUGGGCGACUGGCGCUACUCCUACAUGCAGUGACCCGCGGGGACGCCGCGGCCAACUCUCCGCCUCGCUCCCUCCAGACAAGCCCACGGGGUGCCCAGCCACCUGCCCCCGGGUCAGCCUGGCCCUGGCCCUGGCCCGCCCUCCCCUGGCCCGUCCCAGCCCUCAUGGGGUCGGGCACCCCACCUCUAAUUCCAGGUGCUCCUCCAUGCCCACCUGCUGUCUUAGAAAUUCCAGCCAGGAGGUGGCGCCCUGUCUCUCCUCUGCCCCCGUGGCAGCUCUGGGCUGCCUCAGCCCACACCGGGACCACCUUGCCUCGGUGGCCUGCCCACCCUCCUCACUCACUGUGGCCUGCACACACUAGGGCCGGAGUCUGCGCCUUGGCCACCCUCGUGCCUUUCCCCAGGGGCCUGUGUCCACGGGAGACCGUUUGCCCCUGGCCACGUGCCUGGUGCUCCAAGGUGGCCCACUAACGUGGCUCCUUCCACUCGGGCAGGGUUUGGAGAGUCUCAGAGCUUCCAGCUGCCUCCAUUUUCCCUGAGCUCCUCCAUCCCCGCCGUGGGAAGGGGCCUGGGGUUUCCUGCGGCCGUUCCCACGGGCGGGGGGAGCCACGCAUCGUUCCUUGUCCCCACAGCCCGGAGACCAAGCUUUGGGUCCCUGGCUGGCCUGGGCCUGGGCUGGCCUGUACAGUCCUCCCUCUGGGUCUCCUGGCUGCCCUAAGGGGACCCGUCCCCUGCCUGAGGGUGCCCUGGGAGUGCUGGGCCCUUCUCCAGGACAGCCUUGCCUGGGGCCAGGGUGACGGUUUCCCACGUGCUACCAGGUCAGAGGUCGUGUGACUGUCACUCUGGAGGGGCUCUGUCUGCACCCAGGUUCUGUGCUGGUUCCCUCUGGGCCUUCUCUGUGGGUCUCACACGGCACACGCCCAGCGCCUUCUAAUAAAACACCGUGACUUAAUGGAA